AUGCUUGAUUAAUGUUAGUAUUUCACAUCAGAGCAAUCUCAUCAAUAUCUUUGUCAAAGAAUAGAAAAGCGUAUAUAUCCCAGACAAUAUAGAGUAAAAAAUAGACUCUUAAGUUACCUUCAAGAGAAGAUUGAAAUCAAACCUAUGCCUUUUGAAAUUAUGUCUAUUACUAAUAUGAGUAAUGCAAGUAAGGAUUAUGCAUAGAGUGAUAAUAUCUAAGAUAAUUUGAAGUUACUUGAUGUUUAAGAAAAAACUGAAGUUCCACAUAUGGAAUUAUGGGACAAGGCCAGACAAUGUUGCAAUUUAUUAGAAUGUUCGAAGGAGAAUAUUUAAGAUGUUGGUGGGUUAUCAUAAUUAUUUGGACAUAUUUUAGAGAUUUUGCAAUAAACUAAAUAGAAAAAUUUGUACUUCAUAACCCCAUAUAAUAUGGAUAUUGAAAAUAAACAUAGAAAGUUUAUUUAUAAUUCUGAGGCUUUAACUAAUCUGAUUAAACGAUUAAAGUCAGGAAGACUGUAAUCAUAAACGAAAUCCUUAUUUAGAUCAAAUAUUUAACAUCAAUCAAUUGGGAAAUAGAUCCAAAAGACUGAACUAAAUGAAUAAUUGAGUGUCUAAGCAUUAAAUUUAUUAAAAUAGUUAAAGAAGAAGUAAUUGAAUAAAUGA